AUGGGAGGUGUGACUUCUUCAAUGGCGGCGAAGUUAGCGUUCUUCCCGCCGAAUCCACCUUCUUACAAGAUAACCAGAGACGAAGCAACGGAGCUUCUGCUAAUGGACCCAUUUCCACACCGAGAAAACGUAGACGUUUUGCGUCUGCCCACGCGCCGAGGCAACGAGAUCGUGGCCAUGUACAUCAGGUACCCUAUGGCCGUCACAACGCUUCUGUAUUCUCACGGAAACGCUGCUGAUAUCGGUCAGAUGUACGAGCUCUUCAUCGAGCUUAGUAUCCACCUCCGCGUCAACUUGAUGGGGUAUGACUAUUCAGGGUAUGGCCAAUCAUCCGGGAAGCCCAGUGAACAGAAUACUUAUGCUGACAUCGAAGCUGCUUACAAAUGUCUGGAAGAGACUUAUGGGGCAAAGCAGGAGAACAUCAUCCUAUAUGGUCAGUCUGUUGGUAGUGGUCCAACCGUCGAGUUAGCUACACGUUUGCCUCGACUAAGAGCUUCCAUUCUCCAUAGUCCAAUUCUUUCUGGCCUUAGAGUUAUGUAUCCUGUCAAGCGCACUUAUUGGUUUGACAUAUACAAGAACAUUGACAAGAUUUCGCUGGUGAGGUGUCCUGUCCUCGUGAUUCAUGGAACAGCGGAUGAUGUGGUUGACUUCUCGCACGGGAAGCAGCUCUGGGAACUCUGCCAGGAGAAGUACGAACCUCUAUGGCUCAAAGGAGGAAACCAUUGCGAUCUCGAACUCUUCCCCGAGUACAUUGGCCAUCUCAAGAAGUUUGUGAGCGCUGUGGAGAAAUCCGCGUCGAAAAGGAACAGCUCUUUCUCGAGAAGAAGUGUGGAAAGAGGGUGUGAGCAGCCUCUUCGGCAUAGUGUGGAUGCACCGCCGAGGAAGAGCAAGGAUGGACGAGAGAAACCGAGGAAAAGCGUAGACAGGCUGAGGUUUCAGGGAUACAAGUUGAGCCACGUUGAGAGGCCUGAGAAGUUGAAGAUUCCGUUUGAGGAGAUGGAGAAGGCGAGGAGGAGCGUGGACAUAUAUAGGGAUAAGCCUCAGCCGAUGGAGAGAGCUCGUAAGAGUGUGGAUUGGUUGGAUAGAAGUCGAGCUACGGAAUAAAAAGAAUGGGGGGGGGGGUUUGGUGUUGUUAAAGAUUGUAUUCGAGUUUCGUUCAAUUUAUUGGGGGUGUGUGUGUUUGUGUUGUAAUUUUGUAUGGAGGAAUCAACAGGAAAUAGAUUUAACAAGUUUGGUAACUU